CGCGUGGAAGCGGCGAGACCUUAUAAAACGAGCGGAGCGGAUUUGCUCUUAAACCGGGUUUUCCGAGACUGAUUUCAGCAGUUUAAAAGUGAUUUAGCGACUUCGCGUUAAUAUUUGUAUUUGUUACUGGUUUCGUCCGAAACUCGAAUUUAUUCAGUGUAGUUUUGAAAUUUAUAGUUUUUUUUUUUUUAAAUUUGAAAUCCGGAGCGCGCGCUCACAUCUAAACGUUAGGCGGGCGCGCGUGCGUUGUCUGUGAGGGAAAAGAGAGAGAGAGAAAAGAAGAAGCGAAGAGCAGCUCACCAUCAUCUCUUUUAACGUGGAAUGAGCUUCCAUUCAUCCAUCCUGUCUGUUGCACAAUGGAUGUCCGUUCCGUCUGCCUAAUCGGCCAAACUAAAACGCAUUGUAGCAGCACUAGUAUAUUCAGAGGAUAGCAAUAGCCCCCUCACUCCACCCUCUCCCUCAGCAUUACACCACUUUACAUCUUACAGCAGUGCAGAUUCUCUCACUAGUGUCUGGAUUUGCUCUAAAUUGCUGUUUGAGCAGAGGGCGAAGGUAGGUAGGUUUGGGGAAUUUCAGAAAAAAAAAAUCUUUAGAAACACUAGUACCUCAGUUAUUUAAACAAUUCUAGUGUGCUGCUUGAAUUAAGGGCUUAUUUUAUUGGCAGGUUUUUUUUAACCCUAUAAGAUUGUGACGCUAUUUAAAACUUGAAAGAGAAGAAUCAGAAAGCUAUUGCACAAAAUGGUUUCGACAACAUUAGCUACAGCAACACAGAGCGCCAUUGCGCAAGUCACCCAAGGCCCGUUGACUGACUACCUGUGGCUCCUAAUCGUUGGGUUCAUCAUAGCCUUUAUCUUAGCCUUUUCUGUGGGCGCUAAUGAUGUCGCCAAUUCAUUUGGCACUGCUGUGGGCUCUGGCGUGGUCACCCUGAAAGUUGCGUGCAUCCUUGCUACCGUGUUCGAGACUCUGGGAUCAGUACUGCUGGGAGCCAAAGUCAGCGAGACGAUACGCAAAGGGAUCAUUGAUGUGAACAUGUACAAUGGCACGGAGCAUGUUCUCAUGGCCGGAUCAGUCAGUGCUAUGGUUGGCUCUGCUGUGUGGCAGUUGCUGGCUUCUUUCCUCAAAUUGCCCAUUUCUGGUACGCAUUGCAUCGUGGGAGCCACUAUCGGCUAUUCACUGGUGGCGAAAGGCCAACAGGGAGUCCGGUGGUUUGAGCUUUUGCGAAUCGUUGGAUCUUGGUUCCUCUCCCCACUCCUGUCUGGCAUCAUGUCUGCCAUUCUCUUCUACUUUGUCCGCAUGUUUAUCUUGCAGAAGAAGGAUCCGGUUCCCAACGGACUCAGGGCAUUGCCUGUCUUCUAUGCUGUCACUAUGGGAAUCAACUUGUUCUCCAUCAUGUUUACAGGCGCACCGAUGCUGGGAUUUGAUAAACUGCCCUGGUGGGGUGUCCUUCUCAUCUCUAUCGGCUGUGCCAUCCUCACUGGAAUCAUCGUCUGGUUUGCCGUUUGCCCCUGCCUCAAGAAGAAGAUUGAACGCGAGAUCAAGUCUUCCAGCCCAUCAGAGAGCCCCCUAAUGGAGAAAAGAGAGAUGGCGGAGGCGCACUGUCCCAUCCUCAAAUCAGUUCCUGAGGAGACUACUACUUCCACCCUGAACUCCAGCGCACCUCAAACAGCAGCUCCUUGUGAAGAACGCAGGGUCACCUUCGACAUCGGGGACUCGGAAGACGCCGAGCCAAAAGAGGGUGAAGUCAGCAAUGGGAGCGCUCACAAAUCGGUCCAUGUUCAGUUCAACACUGGCCCCACCCAUGUCCCCAGCAACGGCUAUAGUCAGUAUCACACUGUCCACAAAGACUCCGGUCUCUACAAGGACCUGCUGCACAAGCUGCAUCUUGCCAAAGUAGGCGACUGCAUGGGCGAGGGCGGAGACCGGCCCAUCCGCCGCAACAACAGCUACACCUCCUACACCAUGGCUAUCAUCGGCCUCCACAGUGAGUUCAAACCCAGAGACUCUGAUUUCCGCGCUUCUGAGGACUGCGACAAAGACAAGGUCCCAGAGCGCAAGAGGAUCCGUAUGGACAGCUACACAAGCUACUGCAACGCUGUGGCUGAACACGGCGCCCCUGAAGACAGCCUCGGAGACGGAGAAGUGACCCUCGAGGUGCCCGAGGAGGACCGAGGAAGCAACAGCAGCUCUCUGGAGGAGGACAGGGCUGAGGCGGAUAAACCUGAAGUUUCCAUACUAUUCCAGUUCCUGCAGAUUCUCACCGCCUGCUUUGGCUCCUUCGCUCAUGGCGGGAAUGAUGUCAGUAACGCUAUUGGUCCAUUGGUGGCGCUGUGGCUAGUUUAUGAAGGCGGCUCUGUGGAGUCCAAAAAGGCGACCCCUAUCUGGCUGUUGCUGUAUGGAGGAGUGGGCAUCUGUAUCGGACUGUGGGUUUGGGGCCGCAGAGUCAUCCAGACCAUGGGCAAAGACCUCACUCCCAUCACUCCCUCCAGUGGGUUCAGCAUCGAGCUGGCUUCAGCUGUCACUGUGGUCGUCGCCUCCAACAUCGGUCUGCCCAUCUCCACCACCCACUGCAAGGUGGGUUCUGUGGUAGCCGUGGGUUGGCUGCGUUCCCGGAAAGCCGUAGAUUGGCGUCUUUUCCGCAACAUCUUCAUGGCUUGGUUUGUGACCGUGCCCAUCUCUGGUCUCAUCAGCGCCGCCAUCAUGGCUCUCUUCACCUUCGUCAUUUUCUAAAACCUCAGAGCCUGCUGUAGUGUAGCUUCCACCAUUCACAGCUAAGAAUGCAUGAGAGUUGGCAGUUCUGCCAUCUCUCACUGCCUCGCUGCCCUUAGUGCUCCAAUAUCCACCAUCACUGGAGCUAAAAGUUGAUUUAAUACUGAUUUUUUUGGUUUUGUUUUGGUUUCUAACUAGGGCUUAUGUUUCUUAGCUUGCGGCAUGCAGUGACAACUCAUCCAUGUGCUGUGUGCGCAUAUGCACCAGGGUUCACAUGCCAAGGGAGCAGAAAAAAAUUGUAUAAAUCUUUCCUUUUGUAAUUUUUUUUUUCCUUAUUCAUUUUCUAAAUAGGUAACUUGUUGCCAUGUAUACAUAUUUACUCAUGUUUUUGUAAAUUGAUCAGAAUUUUUAAAAAUGUAAUUAUGUACAUAUAACUAAUCAACUUUUUUCUUUUUUGUUCCCCUAAGUUGAUAUGGGGGGGGGUAAUUGCAGUGCAGUAUUAGCUGUCUCACAUCUUUAAACUUCAUUACAAAUCAGUCACUGAACACUCUGCCUAGAGCAGUAUUUUGAUGUAAACGAGGUCACUGGUCCGUUUGGAUUUUAUUUCCAUUCCCUAUCUGUUGAGUGUGUGAGGAGUGCUUGUGCAGGUCCUGACACUUCCUUUGUGAAUAUUUAACGUACAGUGAAUUGCCCAUAGCUGGGAGCCUUAGACUGAAUUUCAGAAAGUCAGCUGGAGAUUUCUUUUCCCCUCCCAGAUUAGUGUCAGUGUUUACAUCCAAAUGCACUGACUUUUUUUUUUUUUUUUUCCCCCUCCUUCCCUGGGGCAGGCUGUUUCCAUUUACCCUGCUUUACUGAAUUGGAUCUAGAAAUGCACUGAUCACGUUUGUUUCAUUUGAAAUGCAAUAUAGUGCUGGAAAAUGACCUCUUAUUAUAUCUGUAUUGCGCUAAAUUGCUUUGUCUGUAGCAUCAGCACACAGAUCAAUUGAUUGUUUAAAUGUAGUGCUGGAAUCUUCACCAAAUUCAAAAUGGUAUUUAAGUAUUGUGAUGUUUUACACACCAUCCCACUUUUUUAAAUACAAUACGUGUAUUGUAUUUAACAUGGUUGAGUUGGUAAAUGAAAUAAUUGAAGGCAUAAUUUCAGAUCAUGAAAUGGGUAUUUGGAAAAGAAUCAGUUAAGUCAUGGGGAGGGGGGAGAAACAGGUCAUGAUCAGAUUCCUAAUUAAUGCCACCAAAUGUUGGGGUUAGUUAGACUGUUGUACCCGUGAAACUUCUGUGGCAGAAACUGAGCAGUGUCCUCGAGUGAUCCCUCUGCAUCUGGCUGCACUCUGAUUAAUGAAAUGUCCUCUAAACAUUUCCAGUCUCCAUAUGGUCGCUCCAUGCUUUGUUGCCAUGCAGCGCUCUUGUUGAAUACUGAUGAAGUGACAUAAGGUUACUAGAGGCUUCGUACAUGACCAGUCUGAUAUGAAGCAGCCUUUCAAAAUGACCCUGAUGUGCAGACAUGCUGACGUACAUUUAUAUUUUAACAGACUCUCUCAGCUGAAAUCAGUGCAGUUUUAUAUUUUAAAUAUGUCACCAAAGGAGGGACCACUGAACCCAGUGCUGUGAGGUGUUGCGUCAAUGUUGUAACUAGAACGGGGUGAUAUGAGGGAUAUCAUUUUUAGCAAAAUUUACACAAUUUACCCUGGUGGUAUUUAAUAGAAUUGGCUCCCCCCUUCCUAUUUCAGUGUCCUUAUAUUAACUUCUACUCCUGCAGGCUUGCUCUGCUCUGAUUGGCUGCUGAGAUCAGAGGGAGGGGAAAGUAAAAUAACUCGACACAAAACCAGCAACAAUACAGAAAUGUUGAUGAAUCAAAAGUUAAAUUGCAUUGAAAAGUUUUGGCUCAUCACCAGCUCUAGUCCUUUUUUUUUUUUUUUUAUGCAAAUGAGAUGGAGGAAAAAGGGUGUUUGUUUAGUCCUUAACACUUGGUGGCGACCCUGUAGGACAGGAUAAAGCAGCUAGAGAUAAUGAGAUGAGAACCAGUGUGUAAACUUCAUUCAUGCUGCAAACACAACCUUAACGUUUCUCCUGUAAAACUUGAUAGCAUCUGAUCAGGCGGUGCAGUGUUUCUUGUUGGUGUCAUAUGCUAAUCCUGCUAAGCUUCAGCUUGCCUGUUGAACCUUUAUAAACCAGACACACCUGCUGUUCUUGGCUAACGUGUACGCUAGUGUAUACAUGUAUGCACACUUCAGGGUUAGAUGCUGCUUUUUAAAAGAAGUCAUGUGCGCACGGUGAUUAGUAUGACCACUCUCAACAUGCUAAUCAGUUGGCUAUUUGGUAAUUUUUUUUUUUUUUUAUAUAUAUAAAAGUGGGGGUGUGUAGGCUUUGAUGAAGCAAGGAGUUCUAUCUGGAGAUUUUUUUUUAUUAGCGCCCCCUGUUGGAUUGAUGGUGGCCGUGCGGUUACUGCUGUAAACACCUGAGCGAGUGGCAAUUUUGCUGCUGUGCAUUUUGACCUUUUUAGAUUUGCUGUAGUUGCCUUAAGUUUUUUUUUUUUUAGGUACCAAAGAACUAUUGGUGUGUAUAUUGUAAACAUGUACUCUUUUUUUGUCAUGGAUAAAAUGGGAGGGGAAAAAUAAAAAUCUUUUUUUGGGGGA